AUGAUGCUCACGCGAUUCGUUCUGGCCAGCGCCUCGCUGCUGAGCCUUGCCCUUGCGCAGACCAAGAUCGCGUUCACUUCUUUGCCCGCCGCGUUGGAAGCUGGAGAUACCUACAACAUCACGUGGGGCGGUGGAAACGGCGACCCUGUCACCCUGACCCUCCGCAAAGGGAGUGCGAGCGACCUGAAGACAAUCGAGACCAUUGCCGAUGGUGUUACCGGCACCUCGUAUAGCUGGGAGGUUGACGAGGAUCUGGAGGAUGCGGACGACUAUGCACUUCAGAUAACGCAGGGCCAGGGCGAUGUUAACUACAGCGGCCUUUUCACCAUCUCUGGGGGAUCCGGCAGCUCCAGCUCGUCCUCCUCCUCCUCAGCGACAUCGACGUCCAUGGACAACUCGACAUCGACAACAAGCGGAGAAUCCUCGAGCACUACGAAUGGUACCUCAUCCUCAACGUCUACCUCGAACAGCACCGAAAGCUCCACCACUACUGACUCCAGCACAACGGGAUCGACCACUGCCACCACCACGCGCUCACCAAGUUCCGCAUCUGAGACGGGUGCAGCACAAACCAGCGCACCGGAUGCUGGUUCGGGUGCUAUGCAGCUAGGUAGCUCUGCUGCUUUCGCCAUGGCUGUACUGGGAGCUGUCGUGUUGAUGAACUAG